UUCAUUCAACACUCACUGCCACCUUAAGCAGAUUACUGUGCGCUAGCGGCUAGUGUCAAUAUCAAUACCUUGAUCACUUGUAUCACUUUGUGCCCGGCACCAUUCGCAGGAUGCUACAGAAACUCCAGCUGCACCCGGGGAUGAUUCUAUUAUUGAUAUGGCUCUGUCAUUUCAUGGGAGAUCAAAAAGUACAAGCGGGUAACUGCUGGUUACAGCAAGGGAAGAACGGAAGGUGUCAGGUGCUUUACAUGCCGGGGAUGACCCGAGAGGAGUGCUGUAGGAGCGGGAGGCUAGGGACGUCUUGGACGGAGGAGGAUGUUCCAAACAGCACCUUGUUUAGAUGGAUGAUCUUCAACGGCGGAGCCCCGAACUGUGUGCCAUGCAAAGAAACGUGCGACAACGUGGACUGUGGACCUGGAAAAAGAUGCAAGAUGAACCGAAGGAGCAAGCCGCGCUGCGUCUGCGCGCCGGACUGCUCCAACGUCACUUGGAAAGGGCCAGUCUGCGGUUCGGAUGGAAAGACAUACAAAGACGAGUGUGCGUUGCUCAAGUCUAAAUGUAAAGGCCAUCCGGAUCUCGAUGUGCAGUACCAGGGAAAAUGCAAGAAGACCUGUCGGGACGUCUUAUGCCCGGGAAGCUCCACCUGCGUCGUGGACCAGACAAAUAACGCAUACUGCGUGACGUGUAAUCGGAUCUGCCCUGAACAGACGUCGCCGGAGCAGUACCUGUGCGGUAACGACGGGAUCAUCUACGCCAGCGCAUGCCAUCUGAGGAGGGCGACGUGCCUCCUUGGCAGAUCCAUAGGAGUGGCGUAUGAGGGGAAAUGCAUCAAGGCGAAGUCGUGCCAGGACAUCCACUGCGGUGGUGGGAAGAAGUGUCUCUGGGAUGCCAGGAUGAGCCGGGGCCGCUGCUCCCACUGCGAGGAGGCGUGUCCGGAGAGCCGGGCGGAUGACACGGUGUGUGCCAGUGAUAACACCACCUAUCCCUCAGAGUGUGAUAUGAAGCAGGCUGCCUGCUCCCUGGGGAAUCUCCUGGAGGUGAAGCAUUCAGGAUCUUGCAACUCUAUUGCAGAAGACCCAGAGGAAGAGGAGGAGGACCAGGACGAUCAGGACUACAUGGUGCACAUCCGCCUGUCCUCCCUAUUGUAUCGAUAGACUACCCUUCACAUCUACCUGUCCUCCCUAUUGUAUUGAUAGACUACCCUUCACAUCCACCUGUCCUCCCUAUUGUAUCGAUAGACUACCUGCCACAUCCCCCUGUCCUCGCUAUUGUCUGAAUAGACCACCUGUCACCUAGUCCAUCUGCCUGGUGCGUUGUAGGGACCAGACCUAGUCUAUAAUACUGCUCUGGUAGGUACUAGAGACCAGGCCUAGUCUAACUGCCUGCUGGGUUAUAGGGACCAGGCCUAGUUUAUCUGUCUGCCUGGAGGGUUCUAGAGACCAGGCCUGGUCUAUCUGUCUGGUGGGUUCUAGGGACCAGGCCUAGUCAAUCUGUCUGGUGGGUUCUAUGGCCAGACUGUAAAGUAUAUGUAAUUUAGUAGAUGUGUAUGCUUAUUUAUUUUAUUAAAGAAAAAAAGGAAGUAUACAUAUUCAGUUCAGUUCUGCUAGAUGUUUUAUUUAUACCGUGUUUUGUGUUUUUAUAAUUUAUACAUUUAACAUUUUCAGGCUUACUAUCUACCAUGUUGUGUCACCACUUGUUUGAUCUGUGUUAUUGUCCUUUUUCUCCUUUUCUUUUUUAUUAUGAAGAAAUAUAUUUGUCCAAAGAGAAGCAGUGUUAUUUAUUGUGUAAAGUAUCCGUCUUCAUUCUGCCAGCUGUAAAUGGCUUCAAUCUUCCCUGAGCUGUACAAACCUGCUUAUCUUUUCACUGUCAGAUUAAUAUCUUUACUCUCACAGAUGUCUAUCGUUAGCACACUGAUGCAUGUUUAGCCUGCUGUGUGUUUAUUUAUUGGGGGAUCUAUCGAAUCUGUCGAUCAUUUAUGUACAGAAAUGUUUCUGGUUUUUGUUUACACAUUAUAACUGACCAAAGUCACAGUGCGGGGUCAGUUCCAUUUCAAUUCUAAUCAAUUCAGGACAUAAAACAAAUUCAAAUUGCAAAUGUCCAUUAUUGAAAUAACACUGAAGAUAAUUCGAUUUUGAAUUGAUUCUGAGUUGACUAGCAUGCGAAUGGAAUGGACCCCAACACUGCACAAGGAUUCUCUUACUGGUAACAUAAAGGUACUUUAUAAACUCAAAUUUUAGAAGAUAUAUUUCUGGUUUUGCCCACCCCGUUAUCAUUGUCACACUGUUGCUUGUCAAAUCCACAAGGAGUGGAGGAGGGAGGGGUGUAGAAGCAGCCUAUCGUCUGGGGAUAUAGUGGUAGGAAAAAAUGAGCCAAGUCACCUGUGUUACUUUUCUACAGUGUAUCUCCCAAAUGGAGAUGUCUAACCAGAUAUCAUUCAGUGGGAGCAUUAUAUUAUGUUUUAAAUGUUUGAACAUAAAUGGGUUUUUGGGACAAUACUUGAUUUAGUCCAAAAUGUGCCAUGAACGUAUGCUGCCAAUGUUUUGCUCCAUAUUGCUCACAUGUCAAUGCGAUGAUAUACAGGAGAACUUAACACAAUAUCGAACCUAAUCCGUUUGCUUUUCUCACUGUUGCUGUUGUUGAUGUUAUUGUUGUCAGAUUGCAUUUUUAUUUUCGAAUAUCGCAAGAGAAAAACAAAAUCAGUUUAAGUAUAUAGUUUUGUAUUUUUUAUGUAAAUGUCAUAUGUACAUACAAAGUUUGAUGGUAUUUGUACAGAUAUGAAGAGUGAAUCAAUAAAAUGUUUUUUUUUUCCUUAA